AUGUCUUUCCGCUCAGCAGUUCUGGCAGCUACCGCUUUCCUCGCUACUGCCAAUGCACACAUCAUUAUGCAGUCACCCGUUCCGUACAGCGUCGACAAGAUCGAUAGCAGCCCUAUCACGGCCGAACAAUUCCCCUGCAAGUCUCAGAACGGAUUUACUGUCUCGACCAUGAACCAGAUGGCAGUGGGGGAGAGCCAGAAAAUCACCUUCAAGGGAACUGCAGUCCACGGUGGUGGAUCCUGUCAGCUCAGUUACACUCAAGACACUGAGCCCACCGCCAACUCUAAGUUCAAGGUCAUCAAGAGUAUCGAGGGUGGAUGCCCUGGCGUGGACGGAGUCAAUGAGUACGACUUCACUCUACCCGACAGCAUCCCUAGCGGCAAGGGCACCUUCGUUUGGACCUGGUUCUCCAAACUGUCCGGUGCGCCUGAGCUGUACAUGAACUGUGCUCCCAUCGAUGUCUCUGGAGGCGCGAGCGAUACCUCCGGGCUCGAUGCGCUGCCUGACAUGCUAGUGGCGAACAUCGCUUCGACCACUUGCGAGAGUCCCCUGAAUCACGCCCUCCAGUUCCCGGACCCUGGCACUGUCCUCGCAACUGGCAACACCAACGACAUCGAACCACCGACCGGUGAUUGCGGCACCACGGGCAGCACUCCGCCAGCAUCUUCAGGCGCUGCUGAGCCUUCUUCUGCCCCUUCGUCCGCUCCUGCUGCCGACCCCUCCUCUCCGGCCGAGCCCUCUGCUGCUCCUUCCAACACCGGCGGAGUCUUCGCCCCGGGGACCGGGUCCUCCCCGCAACCUACUUCUCCCUCAGGCGGUGGCAGCGGAAGCGCGGCCUGCUCUGAGAACGGCGCCAUAAUCUGCAAUGGCACCUCUCAAUUCGGUCUCUGCAAUAACGGCAACGUAGUCUGGCAACCUGUCGCCGCUGGAACUACCUGCUCCAACGGCACGAUCCAGAAACGUGGAUACAACGGACGCAUUGCGCGACCGAGAGCUGUCGUUCCUGGCAAGGUAUUCACACCUGACAACUAG